GUGUUCGUCAUAACUCAUACGUUUGCUUCUGAGUAUCCAAAACUAACAGAAAUUUAUACCUUGUCUCUCUCGCCUCCUCUCAAUUUCACACAACGCAACACAAAACAACACAACACAAACACAUCGCACUCCUCUUCUCUCCCACACAAACAAAACCCUAUUUCCUCUUUCACACACACACAACACACUCUUUGUUUCUUUCAUUCCAUUACGCUCUUCGCUCUUCCUUCAUUCUUCAACUCCAAACCCAAACAAACUCCUCCUUUUCCUUCUUAUUUUUCGCAUUCAGCGAUAAGGCUUGGCGGUUAUUCAAACGUCGACGUUUCGCUCUCAUAAUCAAUCACUGCCUCGCCUCUAGGGUUAGUUCCUCUUUUUAUUUUAUUUUUCUAUCUCGCACUUGUAAUCAAACGUCGACGUUUCCUCUGUAACCCUAGGUUCCGGAGGAGCUUUUAUACCCCACACACGUCAAUCAAUACCGUGUGUUUUCUUCUAGGGUUUUCUAUUUUACCAUUACCUAUUUUCUCCGCUUUCCACCCUGAAUAUAAGCCCUCUAGGGCUUUAAUUAUUUAAAUUUAUUAAUAUUUUUUAAAAUUUGUUGCUAUGGAUAGGUGUGCAAUGCAUUGAGUUCAACCAUUGUUGCCGUAGUUGUGCUUCGAUUUUUCCAUUUUUUUUCCUGAAUUCUGUGAGUGGCUUAUAGUGGUCUGCAAAUCCAUGUUUUGGUUGAAGAUGGAGUUGUAGCUUAGAGAAGCUCGCAACAUUGUCUUGUGUUUCUUGACACAGAUUUCUUGUUAGGGAAAAAGAAAUUUUCUUGACACAGAAUUUGUCAUAGCUCUGUGGAUUCAACAGUUGUUUGGUUGGAUGAUUUUUAUAAUAACUGUUGGAGGAUAGUGAAUUGUGGAGCAAUUGAAUUUUGCCGUGGAGGUGGUGCUAUUUCUUUCCAUCUGGAACGGUUUUAAGCGAAGGCAGGUUGUUCAUUAUUAGUUUGGGUAGCUAGAAGAGUGAUGAGUGGUGCUAGUUAGAGCAGGUAGUUUUCCAUACUAUAUGAAACAAGUGUGAUAGUGAGAGUUAGAGCAGUACUAUUUUGAGGGUGGAGGUGGUGGAGAGGUGGACACAUUUUUUCUUGUUAAUUCUGAUGAUGUUCAGUGUUAGUUAUGGAAAAAAGUGAACCUGCGUUAGUUCCAGAAUGGUUGAGAAGUGCUGGAAGUGUUGCUGGGGCUGGCGGUUCAGCCCAACAUUCUGCUUCCUCUUCUACUCAUACUGAUUCUCCUUCUGUAGCUCAUCAUGCGAGGAAUAGAUCUUCAAAGAAUGCUAGUGAUUUUGAUAGUUCUCGUUCUGUGUUUCUUGAACGGUCAUCCUCCUCAAAUUCCCGGAGAAGUUCUAUAAAUGGUUCUGCCAAGCAUGCCUACAGUAGUUUCAACAGAAGUCAUCGUGACAAGGACCGUGACAGAGAUAAAGAUAGAUCCACUUUUGGAGAUCACUGGGAUCGAGAUGGUUCUGACCCAUUGGCCAGUCUCUUUUCUGGAAGGAUGGAGAGGGAUACAUUGCGGCGUUCUCAUUCAAUGGUUUCCAGGAAACAGAGUGAUGUUAUACCCCGUAGAGUUGCUGUUGAUACAAAAUCUGGUGGUAGCACCAAUCAAAAUAAUGGCAAUGGCAUACUUUCUGUGGGUAAUGUUAGUAGUAGCAUUCAGAAAGUUGUUUUUGACAAGGAUUUUCCAUCACUUGGUGCUGAAGAGAAGCAGGGAAUAGCUGAAGUGGGGAGGGUAUCAUCUCCUGGUUUGACUGCAACUGCUAGUCAGAGUCUACCUGUUGGUAGCUCAGCUUUGAUUGGAGGGGAGGGAUGGACUUCUGCACUUGCAGAGGUGCCUACGAUGAUUGGAAGUAGCAGUACUGGCUCUCUAUCGGUCCAACAAACUGUUACUACUGGGUCUGUAGUGUCAAGUACUGCUGCUGCUCUUAAUAUGGCUGAGGCAUUGGCACAGACUCCAUCCCGAGCUCGCUCUACUCCUCAGGUGUUGGUGAAAACCCAAAGGCUUGAGGAACUGGCAAUCAAGCAGUCAAGACAGUUGAUUCCAGUAACGCCCUCAAUGCCUAAGGCUUUGGUUCUUAAUUCUUCUGAGAAAUCAAAGCCCAAAACAACUGUCAGAAAUGCUGAGAUGAAUGUAGUUUCCAAGAAUGUGCCACAGCAACCCUCUGCAUUGCACAUUACUAGUCAAUCUGUUCGCAGUGUAAAUGCCAAGGUUGAUGCUCCAAAGACAUCUGGAAAGUUUACUGAUCUUAAAUCAGUAGUGUGGGAAAAUGGUGUUUCCCCUACCUCCAAGGAUGUUUCAAAUCCUACAAAUUAUUCUAACAGCAAAUCAGUAAAUCAACAUGCUGUAUCUUCUACAGCUGCUUCUGCACCUAUGAGGAACCCCAAUAACCUUAAAUCCUCCACGGAGCGCAAGCCAGCUUUGGAUGUGAAAUUAGGUUCCACUUUGGAUAAAAAACAUUCCAUUUCUCAAGUGCAGAGCCGAAAUGAUUUCUUCAAUCUCAUUAAGAAGAAAACAUUAAUGAACUCCUCUACAGUUCUUCCAGACUCCGGUCCAAUGGUUUCUUCUCCUGCAAUAGAGAAAUCUGAUGAAGUAAAUAGGGAAAUAGUUUGCCCUUCUGCAAAUCUUCAGUCUCUCGGCAAUGGUGCUGAACUGACUAGCAAUGGCAAUGUCCAUACGCAUGAAGAGGUUCACAGACUUUCUGAUAAUGAAGAGAAGGAAUCAAUUUCCAGAGCUACAAUAUAUCCAGAUGAGGAAGAAGCUGCAUUCCUUCGUUCCCUUGGCUGGGAGGAGAACUCGGAUGAGGAUGAAGGCCUUACAGAAGAGGAGAUCAAUGCUUUCUAUCAGGAGUGCAAGAAAUUGGACCCCACUACAUUAAAGGUUUGCCAGGGCAUGCAGCCAAAUCUGUCCAAGUUGUUUGAAUCUUAUGCUUCUAACUUGCGUGGAUCUUCUGCUGAAUCGAGCUCUUCUGAUCCUGGAUCUGAAGCUUGAUGUAUGGUUUUUUUAAUCAUAGUAAGAUCCAACUUUCCAUUUUUGAUGGCAGAUGACUAGUUCCAUUCCUUUUGUUCUGAGAAGGUCAAUGAUUUGAGAGUGAAAGAAGGGUGCCUUUUGAUGAACCCUGCAUUUUGCAAAUAUUGCAAUAAGUUACAGGUGCCUCAAUCCUGCCUGCUUAACAGGGGAAUUUUUUCCUUCCUUUUUUCUUUUUGGGUUAAAAGUUAUAUAGGGUUCGUAGGGUAGGGGGCUAUUUUGUCUGCAGUGGAAGGUGCUGGGCAAUUGCAUCUUUUGGGGCUAUUUUGAUCCGUUUCUUUUCUUUCAUGAGGGUUUGAUUCUACAUGAUAAAGUUUAUGUUGUUUUUGGUCAAUUUUACCAAAAAAGGGAAUUAAAAAUUUACUUUUAAUUUUAGAGCAUGUUGAUAUGAUUAUUCUUGGAAGUCUGUAUUUUUUUUGGGGAUGUCCCGGUUUACAUUAGUGGUUCUCGUAGCACUUUCAAAAAUCACAUGAACAUACCGAGAUACAG